CGUGUGCGCGCGCGUGCGUCCGUCCGUCCCGCAUUGACAGUAGGCGCUACGGAUACACACCGAGCCUCGACUAGCGCUUUGUGUUGCAGCCCGAAGCCACCAUGGACUGAAAGGAUCUUUCUUUACGCGCUGCCCAUAAACACAGAUCUGCUAUGAAAGCUUCGUGGUGACCGGAAAUCCUCUCUGUUUUUGCGCUCAGGUGCCAAAAUUAAAGCUAAAGCGAGUAAAGAUGAAGCAGCAUGGAGUGUGUGUUUUACUGACGCUGUGGCUCUUUAUGGAGUGUAUAGAAGCAAAGAAGUACUGUUGGUAUUUUCAAGAAGGAUAUCCCACCUACUUCAUAUGCCGCUCGUAUGAGGACUGUUGUGGGACUCGCUGUUGUGUGCGCGCUCUGUCCAUCCAGAGACUCUGGUACUUCUGGCUGUUGCUGAUGAUGGGAGUGCUUUUCUGCUGCGGAGCUGGUUUUUUCAUUCGCCGACGUAUGUAUCCAUCUCCUCUGAGCGAAGAGCCCGCCUUUAACGUGUCAUUCACCAGACACCCUGUGAGCACACCAGUUUCUCAGCAGCCUGGUAUUCAGGGCUAUGGUGACCCCAGCGUUGCCAUGACAAUGCCUCUGGCCCCGGCCUACCCGGGCCAACCCAGCACAGCCCACAUGAUGAGUUCAUACCCACCACCGCCGUCCUACUGCAACCAUCCUCCACCAUCUUAUGACCAGGUCUUCAAUUCCACAGAAAAGAAGUAGGUCCAGAUGGUCACCAUGGCACAACACACUCCAGCAGAUCAGCGAUCUGAGUCAGGACGACUCGACAUGAUGCUGCCCAGAACCUCUGGCAGCCUACAACUCAGUCUCGAGUAGCUUCAAGUGGCUUGUUUUAAUUUUGUGUGCUUGUUUUAGGAUACAGCAUUUUUUAUGUUCAUUGUUCAACAUUUUAGAGGUGGACAGAGCUGCUUUUAUUGGACUGUAUUUAAAUAAAAAAAAUUUAAAAAAAGAACAUGAAGAUUUUCUGGAUGGAAGGACAUGCAGAACAUGAACUGCAUCUCAGCUCAAAUAUUCAGAGUUUCAGAGUUCAGGGUAAAGGAACUGGGUGGAGGCAAAAGAUGGACAAUGGUACACUGGAAAGAGGAUAGCAGUAAAUCCAACUGUGUCAUGUUUUUACUGUUGUUCAGUAACUGUACAGACAAAAAUGACUUAUCUUUGAAGGACAUCUUCCCUUACCAAGUCCACUGUGCUGGUUGGGCAGUUUGGAAGCCUGGAGGCUUGGAACAGAGAAAAUCAGACCAUCUUUACUAGGGACUGUAGCAAGGACUUUGCUGUGUUUGAAGAAGAGGAACUUUGCAGGCACCGACAAUUUCUGUGCUGAAGCAGAGUGUGAAGACACAUCUAAGGCAACUGAGCAGAGUGUGGUGAUACCCAAGCCGGCAGGACAGCACACCUUUCAAUCCAAUAGUCAAGCAGGUCAAUACAGGUCAUUCAUUCAUCCUCGUAAUUCAUUAUACACCAAAGGCCAUUGGUUAUUGUAAGUGAAGGUCGGAUCCUGAAUCAGCUUCAUCUUCAAAUAGCUUGACGGUGUUAUAACUGAUGAGGACAAGGCCAAGGUUAGUCCAUCCCUGAUACCCAGCAUGCAGCCAUUUCACUGCCAUACAUACAGCCAAGCUGAGGUCAAGCCACCUUGCUCAAAUGUAAGUCAUCAAAAUCAGUUACUUUGUGUUUUCCUAAUGUAGUUAUUGGACUUGCCAUUUUACCCUUGAACAUGGAGGCAGUCUGGUGAUCCUCUGUAACUUGUUCCAAUCACAAAUACAUGUAAAAGUGUCCAGGACCGAAAGCGUUCACUCAAAAGCACACUCUUGAUGGAUGGAGAUAAGAACUACAAAGUGCACAAUUAACAGCUAAUAUGAACUUUUAUGCUUUUUAGCAAUUUAUAGCUUUGUGGUUGAAAGAAAAGUGCAUAAAACCUAGGCAGAAACUCAGCCCAAAAAUGACAAUAAAUUAUUAUUCUUAUCACAGCUGUGUCAACUUUCUUUGACAAAAAGGUACAGUGAUGAAAUAAGUAAUUAGCAUUUGAUUAACACCUUAAUGAUGACAUGCAUUGAAGCCCAACAUCGUUCUUUUAUCAUGUAAAAGAAACAGGACUUUAAAUUGAUCUUUAAAGAAAAAAGGUUUGAGGUAUUCUUAAAAGGUUUUGAGGGAUUUUAGAUGUUCUAGUUAAAAUGUUCAAGUAGGCUGAGUAGGAUAGAUGAGGAAGUAAAAUUUUGGACAGGAUUACACUUGCUAGUUAUAUUUGUGUUGAUUAUGUACAUUUUCAUGGCUGUUCUAUGCAAGGUAAAGAUCGGGUCUGUUAUACGUAUAACUUGCGUAGCUGUUAGGUGUGUGUUGUAUCACUGUAUGAGACUUGGCUGAAAGACAUGCAGGUUUAAGGUAUAAGUGCUAUUACAUGAAAUCAAGUGACAAGCCGUAAAAAAUUAAAACACAAGAAUUUCCGUCCUUAAUCUAAAUAAGAUAUACUGUUCUCUGUCAUAUUGUAUCCAAUAAACCGUCAUUGACAUGUCAUUAACCAACAAACAAGUGUCAUGCUUAAUGUCAGAGGAUUUAUGAACACAAAAAUUUAAUUCUCUCAUCAGAAAAGUGCUUUUUUUUCCCGUUUCCACACUGCAUUUGUAUGCAGUGAGUAUCCAUGCAACUGUACACAGUAAGACAUUUAACUUUAUUUAUAAGGACUCAAUUGGAGACAUUUUAGUUGAUAGUUAUUUUCAACUUUUAGGUGCAUAUCCCCUUUAUGAAUACAGUGGAGUCCAAAAGUCUGAGAGCACUAGGGAAAAUGUUUGUAUUUUGCAUUCUUUUCUAAUUUAAUACAACAAUUUUCAUUACAAAUUAUAUUAUUGACAACAGCUUGAGUGAAAAAUAAAAUCUUAGAAAUAUUUACAUGAAUUUCAGAGUUUCUUAGUAUUUGAUAUGGUCCCCUUUUUGCUUUAUUGAGAGUGUGCACUCGAGUUGACCCAGACUCCACGAGUUUGUGCAAAACCUGAUGAUCCAUGUUAUAUCGAAUCCAUCAGCGUGUUGUCUGAAUACGUCCUUCAGUGGACGGGAUAAGACUCACAG